AGUUCGCGUCGCGCCGCAGUGGCUGCCGGCCCGCGCAUGCGUUCUGUACCAAACACUAAUGUAUUGUUCGUGUCAAAACAUUGCUUGGAAAUCGGAGGCUCCGUAUUAAAUUCAAUAAAAGUGCUACUUCAUCACGACUUCAUUUACAUGUACACGUGUCAGGCGAGUUGUGAGAAAGAUGAGGCUUCCGAAAUUUGAUCUAUCUGUAAAGAAAGUGUGCAAACCAGUGAUGUUGGGGAGAAUCUGGCAAGCCAGCAGACGUGGUCUGGCUCUCGAUCAUACACCGUCGCAUCAUUUUGCCUGUUCCCAGUGGCAGACUGGACAUAGACCAACAACCUCAUAUAUUGUUUACAGAUGGUUAUUUUUCCUAUCAGCAUUAUCAAUUGGCAUAACAAGUUUCGCAUGCCAAAGACUGCCGCCUCUCUAUGAUGGGCCCAAGGUGGAGCUCAAUUACUUCAAGUGGUUUAUUUACUUCACUAACUGGGGAUACAUGCUCAUUGUCCUACAGGCAGCCUUAGCUUUAGCUGUUGUUUAUAAGUACAAGAAUCAGAAAACCUAUUGCAUACCUUGUGACGAUGAAGAGAUUCCAUUACCACGUCGUCAGAAGACACCAUUCCUGUGCCGUUUAUACUGGCUGGUGCAUAAUAUUGCCACGGACCUCGCGUUCGUUAUAACACUUGUAUAUUGGACAUUGGUCCAUGACCCGAAAAUGCACGAGGUAAACGCUUUGAACAUCUUAGUACACGGCUGUAACUCACUAGCGAUGUUGCUAGAAUUGGCUGUGACUGCGCAUCCGAUACAGGCUAUACACGCUUUGUUUGGCGCCGGCGCAGGUCUUAUGUAUGGGAUAUUUAGCGCCUUCUAUUGGGCUGUAGGGGGAACGGAUAGAGUUGGUCUCCCGGCCAUCUACCCUGCAUUAGAUUGGAACAAACCAGGUUCAGCGUUCGGUUUCGUCGCCCUAUGUGCGGUAGUGAUGAUGUUUGCUCACGCUAUCGCCACCGUACUCGCAAUAUUACGCAUGAAGUUAGCUGCAAAGAUUCGACCGUCGGGCUCACAUCUCGACAAGUUCACUCUGCCUACACACUGAGGGUCAAUUAAGCGGGAUUAGACUGGUUUUCAUAGGUCAAUGGACUACCCACAUUUCAAUUAGACUAGCAAAGGUGACCCUAAUUGCACAUGAUAAGAUAUAGGUAGCAUUUAUAAUGAGGAUACGAUUCGGAUAACACUUGCCUCGUUGAGGCGUCAUAUCUGCUUAUGUGGGCUAAGAAAUAACUUUUAGUUAAACCAAAAAAAGGUUGCAAUAUGGAUAUUCAAAAGAGUAUUCAUUGCAAACCGUACUUCGUCAUCUGUCAAAUGUCACUUCAUUUGACAGAUGAUGACUAAUGUUCCAAUGUUCUCUAUUUGAAUCGCACUGUAGCUUAAAUUUUGACGUAAUACGUCGAGAAUUCUUAUUUCAAAAAGUUAACCUAAUUUUUUUUUAUAUCUGUGAAGUUUGACAAUUUGGACUGCAGCUUUCAUUGUGACUCAAAGUUUAGCAAAUUAGUUAAGAAAACUGCAGAUAUCAUAAUUUCGCUGAUAAAUUAUAUAUCUGUGAUCGUCAGUAUUAUUAAAGUAAGACCAUGAUCAUAUACGAAUAAAUGAUGGGAUUAUAAGUGACUGCUAUUGGUUUUGAGCAUUUAUAACUUUAAACUUUAAGUAUGUUUAUUGUAUUUUCAAGCUUUUCAAAUAUUUACGUACAUAUGGUUUAAUACGUACGUUGUGGCAGCUGUGGUAAAUAGGGCGAAUUAAUAUUAUGUCACUGCCUAUAUAUAUCAUAAAUGUAUGAUAGAUACAUACAGCUUGUGUUAAUUGCAUAUCGUCUGUUAUCUACAGAUUGUAAUUCAAUAGGACAAUUUUAAUGUAAUAGAUUUAGAGAAUACAUUUUAUUACAUGUUUUAACUAUGUGUAUGUUGAAUGUUUAGUGAGCUUUUUACACUACUCUUACGCUGAAAAACUGCUUGUAUAGGCAGAAGUAACAUUAUAAAAUUGUGAACUUUUGCUGAGCUUCAGUAAAUUCUUUACUCAGAGAAACUAAGAAUUGAAAUCAUAAAAUUACAAGCAAUGAGCUCAAUGCGUGUCACACGUGGCACAAAAGGAUUCCUCUAUUUUUAGUAUGAGAAUGGCAAAGACUAAAGUGAUUGGAAGUUGUAGAACAAUGUCCCAGUUCUUGUUAUUAGUUUCUAUUCAUAAGUAGCACGAAUUUUGUAUAAAUUACGCAAUUUACGUGACAUCGCAUCAUUUCUAUUAUGUAUAAUAUAAAUAUAUACAUAAUAAGAUUCAGCGCCAUAACAGUGUCAUCUCAGAAUAAUACAUGUUUUAUCCAGCUCAAAGCGGAUUAGAUACGGAGAAUUCUAAUUUACUCGAUCUUAUAUUUGUCUAAAUAACCUAUAAUAAGC